AUGGGUUGUCCCGAAAAUGAUACUACUUUAAACAUUACAAUUCCUGUUGUGAUGGUCUCCAAGUCAGGAGGAGAGCAAAUAAACAAAUCAAUGGCUGGUGGAGAGAAAGGUAUACCUUCAUAUCUAAUUUUCUUGUUUGAUAACAUGUGGGAUGAUGGAAAUUCAUUGGGUCCUAAAAAGGUGCACAACUAUUUAACCCGGGUAAUGUAUAAUCGCCGCAAUAAGUUCAACCCUCUUUGGAAUUCACUUGUACUGGGAGGGGUGAAAAAUGGUCAGAAAUAUCUUGGAACGGUUGAGAGCUCCUCUAAUGCACAUCUUCUGGCGAUGGCACCCAAGUAUGCUCCUAUGUGGACUGGUGUGUACCCUGGUUUUACACUAAACAAUAUGGUCGAGAGCUCCUCUAAUGCACAUCUUCUAGCGAUGGUACCCAAGUAUACUCCUAUCUGGACUGGUGUGUACCCUGGUUUUACACUAAACAAUAUGUUUAUACAAUCAAGCUUUUCCUGCACUGAUCUCCAGAAAUACACUGUUAUGGCUGAAGAAUACAUUUCUCACUUCACCUCAAAAGAAGGCUUGUCAUAA